AUGCCAGAAUUUUUUUUCCCAGAACCAAUUGUUUAUUCAUCUUCAUUACCAGCAACCAGAAGAAGGACUAUCCCCCUUACAUUAAUUGUCUCUAUGAUGAGGAGUGGGUCUACCUUUACGGAUGAUGUGUUCCGAUCGCAUCCCAGUUCUCUUUAUUUGUUUGAACCAGUGCAGUAUCUAUCACAGAGUGUUGGAAAGACUGAAAUCGUUUAUGUGAAUGGCACUGCAAAGUCCUAUAAUGAAAACCAGCUGCAUGAGAUCCAUGCUGAAAUGAUCAUCAAUCUUCUCCUGUGCCGUUUUCAAGAUGUUCCUUUCCAUGUCUUUAAAAGUAGCCAUUUCCUUUACCAUAACCAUCUCAACCACCAUUACAGCUGCUCUCAACGUAUAAAAGAUAGUGUUACUGGCAUGAGGCAACGAUGUAUCCCAGAUCUCAUGAUCAAAAAGUGUAAAGGAACAAAUUCAUUCACUAUAAAGUUGAUAACAGUUAGAAUGGAAGCCAUUUCAAGGGUAAUGAAACUUCUUCCAGAAGUUUAUGUUAUUCAUUUGGUAAGAGGUCAUAGACCAGUCUUGCUUUCACAAAUAAACGUCGGGCAAAUUGAUUAAACAAAGAUUGAAAAUGAAAGUAGCUCACAUUGCACGAUUCUUCAGAAUGAUCUAGCAGAGAUCGAGGAAGACAUAUAUCGAAACAAUUUUCACCGACAGAGGUAUGAGGAUCUUGCUCAUGAUCCACUUGGACAGUUUCAGGGUUUGUUUGAAUUAUCUGGAUUGAAAUUUAUUCAAGCAGUACAGAACAGGGUUAGAAGUAUAGCAAUGAAGACAGGAAUGUUAAACAAAUGCCAGUAUUGUUCAGAAAAAGGUGAUGCAAUGGCGACUUCUCUACAAUGGAGGGUUUCAUCAAACUAUUCCAUUGUUCAUGCAAUCCAAGAGCAGUGUUUAAAUAUUAUUGAUAAGCUGGGAUACGUCUCGGUAAAUUCCACAAAGGAUCUAAAGGAUACGAAGAUUUCACAAACAAAAUGGUAG